GAGAGAGAAAGAAAGAAAGAGAAAGGGAUAGGUCUCUCGGGUGGAAAUUUCGUCGACCGAGAAAGCCCGAGUGAAAAGGGGGUGGCGCGCGUUGGCAAGCAAGGGCGCCAUCUAUUCGUUCAGUACCCGGCCACCCUCGAAACACCCGUCGUGCAUAAACCGCGCUCGUACUUUCCCGUAUAAUUGCGGCGUUUCAGUGGCAGCCGAUCGAGCCAGUGCACCCGUGCCUUAAUAAAGUGACCAGUGUAUGCCUUUGGGGGGAAGGAGAUAGAUAAAGAAUGGACAUACUCCUAAGGGAUAUGAACGUUACGUGGCGAUGACAAGCCUGAUCUUGGAGAACGCGGACUUAAACCGACUUUUUCCAAAAUGCCGGCCUAGGGGCGGCCCACCCCCGCCCCCGGGGGGCUCCACGCAGACCAGCCAGCCGCAUGACGAUAAUCCUUGUCAAACGGAGCCCACCUCUGUUACCACCAUCACCACGUCCUCCACCGUCACGAUUGCCGCCUCUGCUAACGAAACCCCUCCUGCAAAUCUUGUUUCUGCCAUAUCUGACGACAUGAUCGACCUUGAACGCGACACCUCCGACAGGUAUAGGAAACGAGCGAAUGGCAGAAAAAAAUCAGCUUCGCUGUCCCGUAGGACGGCGAGCGUGGUGGCCGGUUAUGGUGCCGAGGGCCAACUGCCGAUCGGUACGUCUACGAAGAAGCCAUUAUCCUCGAGCUCGUCUUCGGCAUCGGGACGAAGCGAAGAUGCACCUCAAUAUGGCAGCCUGGCGGGUAGCGAUCAUCAGACGCAAUCGCAACAAGAGGACAGCGGACCCGAAGAGAGUCCCGUUUACAUUUUGACCUCCGCCAAGGGAGAUCGCAGCUACAAAUUACGAGACUCCAGAAUCAUAGAGAUUGCUGGUGGUCGAGAAGUUUUUUCCCAAAGCCGAGGAAAAGUAGCAGCAAGAAAAUCUCGCUUUCACGCUGCAACCAAUUCAUUAAAUAACGAAGAUACUCAAGCAGAUAACAAGUUAUCCAUUAAGAAAAACAAUAAGUCCCCGAGCACGCAAACUAUAUGGGAAUUACGAAGCCGAUGUGGUGAAACAAGGAAACAACGUACGAACCGAGAGGUUACAGAAACUGUAUUCUCAUCUGAGGUGCACUCAGUACGACGUAAUCCUACUAAGUCUAUCCUUGAUUACGAUUCUCCUAAAAGUAAUCGUAGCAAUUGUAUUAUUAAUUAUGAUUCGAUUUUAAAUAGCAAUAAUGUAGAAUACAGUGUACCUAAAAGUAUUACUGAUCUGGAUUAUGGAUUACCAAAGAACUGUGUAGAUUAUCAGUCUAACCACACUACACCCGCAAGAAGUAUGGCUAUUGUUAGUGAUGGUGAAGUGGUGGUGUUCGAUGAUAUAGAUGAUAAUUGGCAAGGUCUACGUUUGGAUUUAGCAUCAAAUAAUACAACUCAAAUUACUACAACAAAUAUAGAUUUGGAAACAGAAGAUCCUCAGAGAGGUCGUAUUCCUCCUGAACCACCAAGUUCUAGCGUUGGUAGUACUCCAAGUCCUACAACAGCAUAUCACCAUAAUACAUCUGAAUUCUUUAAGGUUGUAACAACGGCAAGUGAUUGUGAAAUAGAUUCACCUUCGCCAGAGCGUAACCAUAAAGUAGCAAGAGUAAUAGGAGAACUACCAAUUGCACAGUAUUCAGGAAGUCCAAGACGUUAUGGCGUUCGUGAAAAUCCACAACUUCCCAGUUUGUUGUCAUCGCCUUCUGUAUACAUGACACCAAGACCUGGUUUUCCACAAAGAGUAUUACCGACAACACCCAAUCAUAAAGAGAAGGAGGAUACCUCUGCUGAAAUUAUUGUAGAAAAACCUGUGAUAGAAACAACCAUCGCUCACACGGAAGAUCAAUCGAUAAACGUUUCACCAUCGUCUCCAAAAAUUGAAGAUGAAGAAGAAGAUUCAUUGAAACCACCAGCUUUACCUACUGACAAUAUAAGUAGUCUUGUAUCACCAGGUGGUAGUACUUUUGAUUACUUAUAUGAAUUUUCUGAAACUCGAAAAGUAUUAGAAGAAUUCUUCAAAUGUCCACCUCCAUCCAAAGAGAAAGAAAAUAGCAUUGAAUCGUUUCCAUUCCAAGACUUGGAUUAUGAACUGCGAAGACAAGGAGGAAGUGCAUAUGUAGGUCAGCGUUUAGCCAGUGGUCCACCCCCAACUGAGGAGGUUAUGGUGCACGAGUCACCAAAAAAGCAGAGACCUGAUUUUCCUCAAAAUACUGGCGAACAUGAAAACAAUUUUUUAGAUCUCUCAGUAGGCACUGGAAGCAGUGAAGAUCUUGGAGAGACAGAAGUUGGCUUACAGGUUGGCCACUCACGUAAUUUUACUUUAAGUCCUGAAACAACUGACUGUGACAGCAAUUGCGGAGAUUUAGAUAGUGAAGUUUCUCUAAUGAUGAUGGAUAAUGAAUUAAUGCCGGCCAGUGGUUUACUUGGUUCGGUUGGAGAUUUAGGAAAUAACUCUGACUCGCUUAGAAUCUAUACGAGUAUGCCUGUAUUAGAAGAUGGUUUAUCCAGUGGACAUGCCAGUGACACAGAUAAUAAUAAUCCAACAGUAAUGCUUAUGAAACGGCAAAUAAAUGAAAUAGAGAAAGAAAUCAUUCAAAGGACGCGCAAUGACAUGUUAGGAACUGAAAAUGAGCCUGGCAAAGAUGUGAGUUUAAAUGUGACAAAGGAUAUUUUACAUACGUUGAAAACAUCGUCACCUGAUUUGUUUAUUGCGAAAAAGGAAAACUCAUAUGAAACCAAUGAGUUGCAACUUGAUGGAUUAGAUCCUUUGGGUACACCACCACCACCAGCACCGCAAGGUAGACAAAGCGUUAAUUUGGAGAUAGGUGGUGAAGUAGAAGCAGCUAUUAAAGAUAUUAGAAUGGCAUUACAAAGAACUAAAACGCUUCCUGUUAAAUCGCCGUCUGAAGAACCACCAGAACCAAGUGUUAGUCCUAUUUGGAUACCAAGUAUAUUGGAUUCCAGGCGGAGAAUAUGUAUGGAAAGUAAUAGCGAGGAUUCGGAAGCUCGACGAGGAGGCGACGAAGCGGACGUAGAAAUUGAGGAAGGUCCGGAUGAAGAAGAAGCGGACACUGAUCUUGAGACUGAUCGAUUAUUGGGACAACAAAGAACUGACGAUCAAGGAUUUUAUGACGACAAAGGGUGGCGGAAGCCUAAGACUAGGACAAUGUUACCACCAAUGAGUGCAAAAAUCGCAACUCCUAAGCAAACCCCUCCUAAAACCUUGAGUGUUACUCCUAUAGAAACGCUAGCACCGUCCGAACCUUUGCCGUCUACGUCUACUUCCAUUUCUCCACCUCCUGUAGUAUCUGUUAUUCAAUCAUCACCUUCUGAACGCGAAGUAACUACCCCUACGCAACCUGCAACAAGUCCACAGAAGACCCCAGUCAAAAAUUCUCCCUCGUCCCCCCAGAGUCUGAAGGAAUCCAGCAACAAGGUGAAAAAGGAUAAAGAAGGAAAGAAGAAAAGUCGAAAUAAAGAAGCAUUAUUGGAUGAUCCUUCAGUGUUGAUUGAAGGUGUAUUGUUCAGAGCAAGAUACUUAGGAUCUACACAAUUAGUAUGUGAGGGUCAACCAACAAAGUCAACUAGAAUGUGUCAAGCAGAAGAAGCUGUUUCACGAAUAAAGGAUGGGCCAGUGCCAAUGCAGGCUACGCUCUUAAACUAUGGGGGGCAGCAUGGUUACGGCCGCUGCAGCAUUACUUCGCAAGGAAGCCUAGAGGAAGACGAAUGUGACUCAAGCGAAGAACUUAUAGGGAGUGCUUCUGGUGGGGGCCAGUCCGAGACACACACAAUAGCCGCCCAACCAAAACUGGCCCCGAUCAGUGGCUCCUUGGGCCCCACAACCGUUUUCAGACUACAAUUUCUUGGGUCGGUGGAGGUGGAAGAGGAAGGGGGACGUAAACGGCGUAAGCGCCUUAAGAAUCACAUGGUGGAAGAGGCUGUGACUAAAAUAAAGGCAUUGGCACCAGACGGAGAAACUCAACCCAGUACCGAAGUCGACCUAUUUAUUUCAACAGAGAAAAUUAUGGUUCUUAACACUGAUUUGAAAGAAAUUAUGAUGGAUCAUGCUUUGCGAACGAUAUCCUACAUAGCAGAUAUCGGUGAUUUGGUCGUUCUCAUGGCCCGAAGACGAUUCGUACCGCAUGAGAUGGAAGAAGCCCCCAAGAUAAACAGGACUCCCAAAAUGAUCUGCCACGUUUUUGAAAGUGAAGAAGCUCAGUUUAUUGCACAAAGUAUCGGACAAGCAUUUCAAGUAGCUUACAUGGAGUUCCUAAAAGCAAAUGGAAUAGAAGAUCAUAGUUUUGUUAAAGAAAUGGAUUAUCAAGAAGUACUUAAUUCACAGGAGAUAUUUGGCGAUGAGUUGCAAAUGUUUGCAAAAAAGGAAAUGCAGAAAGAGGUGGUUGUACCAAAAGCAAAAGGUGAAAUUCUUGGUGUAGUAAUAGUUGAAUCUGGAUGGGGCUCUAUGCUGCCAACUGUAGUUAUAGCUAAUCUGGCACCAGCUGGUGCUGCAGCUCGUUGUGGGCAAUUGAAUAUUGGUGAUCAAAUAAUAGCAAUUAAUGGCGUGUCGUUAGUUGGCUUACCUCUAUCAACAUGUCAGACAUACAUAAAGAACUCAAAAAAUCAAACGGUCGUAAAGUUAACUGUCGUACCAUGUGCACCCGUUGUUGAAGUGAAAAUCAAGAGACCUGAUACGAAGUAUCAGUUAGGAUUUAGUGUACAGAAUGGGGUGAUAUGCAGUUUGUUAAGAGGUGGUAUCGCAGAAAGAGGGGGAGUAAGAGUAGGUCAUAGAAUAAUCGAAAUUAACAAUCAGAGUGUUGUUGCUGUACCACAUGAAAAGAUUGUUAACCUUCUUGCCACCUCUGUUGGUGAAAUCCUGAUGAAGACAAUGCCCACUUCGAUGUUUAGGCUGUUAACUGGCCAGGAGUCUCCGGUGUACAUAUAAACGUUCAGUUGCCUGGCUGAUGCGUAGUGAACAGACAAUACAUCCGCCAUCCACUACCACAUUAUUUACCACUUUAUUGUACAGAUUAUUUCACGCAAAUUGCUUUGUGUUUCAAUUCCAUUGGAGCAGUUCAUACAUCACCAGCGCUCCUGCUUAGUAAACCAAGACUACCUAGGUAGGUUACUGAAACGUUAUUGAAUAUUUACUCGAACAUAAUUUAUAUAAUUAUUGUGAUUACCUUAAAUAUACAUAAUAUAUAUAUAUAUAUAUAUAAAUAUAUACUUUAAUUAAAUUAAUGAGAUUUUCUAUGGCAAGUCCUUUGAAAUGCCUUUGAAAAAUUCACUCUUGAAAAAUUGCAUUCCCAUGAAGGAGAAUAGUUGGUCCUAGUGUCUAAAGCUUCAAGCAAGAGUUGCAACUACUCACACGAAUAUGAUGCAAUAAUUCUUGAGCAAAAAGAAUAAUAAUAAUAAUAAUAUUAAUAUUAAUAAUAAUAAUAAUAAUAAUAUUAAUAAUAAUAAUAAUAAUAAUAAUAAUAAUAUUAAUAAUAAUAUACUUCUCUUGCUUUUCAUAUCCGUCAUUUUCUCUUUCCACAUAAAAGCAAUCUUGUAUAAUGUACAAAAGGAAAGACAAAAAAAUUACUAAGGAGAUACAUCCUUUAGACAUAUGUAAACCGAUUUUAAGAUUAACAUAAAAUCUACAGUGCAUGUGCAUCUGUAUAGUAACAAUGCUAAAGCAUUCAGGCUAAUCAGAAUCAUUGUAAUUGAUAUAAAUGUAUAUGCUUUAUUUUAUGUAAAAAAAAAAAAGAGAAAAAAUGAUACUAAUCUCUAAUAUCAAUUGCCAUAGAGGAUCACAUUAUUUGCGCCAAGAAAGACGCUAGGCGAUGCAGAUGAUGCAGUGCACAUGAUUAUAAAUAGCACAAAGCUCUUUAUUGAUAUUUAGAGCAGGGCUGAAUUGUGUAAUAUAUUAUAGCUAAUGACGUAGUAAUAUUUAUAAAACAUGUUGUCUCUUCUCAUCUUUUGGAGACUCAAUUUCAAAUCAUUCAUUUAAUCUUUUUUAUCCUUAAGCUCGUCAAUGCUUGAGGAGGCCAAUUGCCCAAAUUUAUUAAUUUAUACUAAACUACAAUUUGUCUAUUAUAAAAUUUUCAAUGCAUAAGUCUCGUGAUAUAUACAUAUAUGUGUACAUAUGCAUAUGAAUAUAUGCAUGUGUGUACAUGUAUGUCUCUCAUCAUAGUUAUAUAUAUAUAUAUAUAUAUAUAAAUAUAUAUAUAUAUAACUAUAUGUCAUACAUAUAUAUGUCAUAGUAAUUAUAUAGAAGAGUCAGCAAAACAUAAAAAAGGGAGUUUCCUGAACCACUUCAUUCCUUAAUAUUCUGUUUAUUUUUUUGUUUUUUCUUUUAAAGCAGCUUUGCUUUAUUACCUCUUUCUAUAUUAUUGAAUAGUGACAUUUGUAUAGGAUAUGCGUACGUAUAUAUGCAGAUAUCAACAGGGCUAUUAUAUGUAAUUCUAUUGUAACAAAUUGAAUAUAUAUGAUAAUGAUGAAGCAUGAAUAUAAAAAAAUGUAUGUACAAAAAAGUACAAGUAAAAGAUCUUAUAUUCGCAUAUAGCCCAAAAGAACAGACGCGAAAUGCAUGUCGCACAAGUUAUAUUCGAUAGCUGCUGAUUUGAUUGGAAUAUUAUAUAAAAUAAUUAUAUAAAUAACAUUUGCAUUUUGAUGAGAUUAUUUUAUGGAUAAAGAGUUGUAUUUAGCAAAUGUAUAUUUAUUAGAAUAAUCUGAGUUAUUGUUUUCCUUGAUUUCUGCAGAUGUAUAAAAAAGAAAUUGAGGGUUGGCCAUAAGAAAUAUUAUUAUAUACAUGACUUAAACAACUAAUUGCGUACAAUAUUUAUAUACUAUGACAAUGUAAAAACUGCUAAGCUGACAGAUUUCAAUAAGGCUUGUGUAAGCCUUUUAUUUUAGUCAGCAUAUGAUGAAUUGGUUAUUCAGAAGAAUUCCUAAAUAUUAUAGCGUUGCCAUACUUGUGAUCAUAUUAUGAGAGAUACAAUUUAUUUUACUGAAACUUUUAAAUCUUCACACAUUCUCACCUAGGCAAAAUUUCCUCUAGAUAUUCUUAUUGGAGUCUGUAGUGGCUGGUUGUGCGCACUUAGUGUAACUUUAAAAUGCAUUGGUAUGCAAUGUAUAAUCCAUUACACUUGAGUCACUGUAGCACUGUGUAUUAUAAAAUUGUUCUAAAAUAUACAGACUGAUGCAAUCUAUGCUAUAAAAAAAAUAUAGGAUAAAUUAUCCAUUCCACAUAUAUGUAAGCUAAAUAAAAUAUACCAUCAAUGAAAUGGUACCUCUCUUCUAUAUAAGUACUGUGUAUUAUAAUAAUCUAAGUUGUAUCUAUUUUUGCUGAAAAUUUCUCACCUUUAAACUAUUCUGCUUAGAAUACCAAGAAAUAUAUGCGGUGGUGCAAAUUUUAGAACUCCUGGUGUUUGAUAAAAUUUCAAUGCCAAAGUACAUUAAGUAAUUAACAUUUUAAAAUUGAAUUUUGUGUGCAUGUGAUUUGAACUGCAAAUAAUCAUUUCAAUAAACAAUUUGGAACAUAUUUAUAAAAUUCUAUUCUCUAGUAAUUUUAUAAAUAAAAUUUUCAAAUUUAAAGAAUACGUUAAAAUUAUCUCACUGCUUUUUUGGCAUUCUCAUAAUAAAUUAAUAAAUAAUAACAUUCCAUAUUUUUGUUUGAAGCAAAAGUUGUUGAUUAAAUUAUUAAAGUAAUAGCUAAUCCACUAUUUCCCAACAUUUCUUACGUAAGAAUUCUCUGUGAAAGAUGAAGAGAGAAUAUAUAAAGACAUAAAGUUCAAGGAAGAGUUGAGGACAACAAUUUAUUAUUGUCAACAUAUUAGUCAGAUUUAAAAUUGCAUUAGAGUACUUUGGGGAGAAUGAUUACGUUAGAAAUGUUUAUUGAAAUAUAUAUAAAACUAAAAUAAAUGAAUAAAUAAAGAAAGAAAGACAUACGUAAAUAUACAUGUAAAUGCAUAGGUUACAACAUAAGUCAUAGCAAAAAGAGAAAAGAUAAUUGAUUAAAAAAGAAUAUAUAAACUGUACAAAAUAAAUGUUUCGUUGUUGUUUAAAUUUAUGAGUUGUAAAAGAAAAAAAAAUAAUAUAUAUCAUAACUUCAAUUUAGUUUACAUGGACAGAGGAAGAACUAUCAGGUACAAGUUCAUAUACAUAUUUUUUAAAUGAGAAUGUAAAAACUCAUGUGGAUAAACUUUUCUUUAUACUUUGAAUUAAUUUUCCAAUGAAAACAAUCCCCUUCCUCCAUAUAUAUAUAUAUAUAUAUAUAUACACUCACACAUAUACAUAUAGACUAUGAAUAAUGUUCUGACCUAUGUACAAUAAUUCUAUUAAUUGAAAAAAUAUAUAGAAAGCAUAUUAUAAAUUGCAUAUCACGAAGAAAUCUAUAUCAUUAGAAACUACACACAUUCAUUCUUUAUGAAUAAAUCAUAUUUAAAAUAUGUGCAGAAAGUAUUCUACUUUGCAGAAAUAUCCAGAUUUUUGGAUUUAUCGUGUCAGUGUGUACCAAUUAAAAAGGCAAUGAAUUUUGGCAUAGAAAUUUUUAUCCAUAUAUUUGAUGAGCAACAGAGCGGUACGAAUAUGAUAUAUGGGAUCAAACAAGAUGUUAUUAGAUUGGGUGGCUGAAACUUAUCUAGUCAUUAUGCUAAAAAUAUAUGAAAUUAAUACUCAGCCAUUGCAAGCCACCCUGACUGAAUGUGUCUAGCCACAUUUUAAAUAACACAUCUGCAAAUAACUAACUGUCCAUCUGAUCUUGCAUGGUCAUCUCUUUUGUCUAUUACAAUUAAAAUAUAGUAUUAUGUAGGUUAUUGUUAAAAGUAUAUAUUAAGUGUCUUAUCUCCGUGUAUCGUUUAUACAUAUAUAUAAAUAUAUAUAAAUAAAUAAAUAAAUAUAUAUAUAUAUAUAUCAUUUUUAUUUUAUAUUUCUAAUUUAAGUAGUUCGAAUUAUUUUAUGUUCUUACGAUAUAUGGCUUGUUAUGGUCACAAUAAAGAAUAGUAAAAUCUAUUCGCAAAAAUAUAAAUCUAUAGAAAUAAAUCGAUUAAUGGAUAUCGAAUAAUAUAUUUGAAAUUAAUUCAAGAAUCUUUCUGAACAUAUAAAUUAAUGGAGAAAAUAUCUUUUGCUAGAUAAAUGUAACUGUUAUAACGCGAUAAAUGUAAUGCCAUAGUAAGCCAAAGAUUACUUCCAGAUUUUUGUAAAAUAUUAUAUUUAUGUUUUUCAACAACGUGACAAUGAUAUGAUUGUGCAAUGUCAGUAAUGAGGAAUAGAUUCAAAAUUGCAGGGAGACUCGUUACCGAAAAAUAUUCGAAAUAAAAACCGUUCGUAAGAGAAAUGAAAAUAAUUAUAUCUUAUACAUUCAUAGAGCUUGCGCUGUAGCUUCACUAGUCAUGAGAGACACACUACAAAUUAUCAUGACUAAUCUCUCUAUCAAUGUGUGUGUUUGCGAGUGUAUAAUAAGUUAAAAUUAUAAGUGAGCUAUAUUGAAUGUGUAUAUGGUAAUUACUAUACUAGUCCGUAUUAAGGUAACAAUAAAAUGUAAUUUUGAAUUCAAA